AUGUGCUACAAAGUAUCAUGCCCUGAUUGUGGAAAACCAACAUGGAAAGGAUGCGGCAAUCAUAUUGAACAAGUAUUAGGUGAUAUACCAGUUAGUGAACGAUGCCAAUGUACAAAUAAACUGAUGGCAUCAGAAGCUGAAGCGAAAAAGCCAUUAGAAGCUGAAACAAUAGUGAAAAAACCACUGGAAUCGGAAACAACAGCGAAAAAACCACUGGAUGCUGAAAAAGAAGUUAAAAAUUAA